UGCCUUCCAAAUUGCAACAUAUUUAGCUAUCAUGGCUAUCAAGAACACGCGUUCUGUGGAUGAUGAAAUGACAGUGGAAGACUUCAAGGAGUGGCUAAAGAACUUCGACAAAGACAAGGAUGGACGCAUUAGUAGAGCUGAACUACGUGAAGCCAUCCGUAGCAAAGGAGUGAGGUUCACCACCUGGAAGAGCAGCCGCGGGAUCCGGCAGGCUGAUUCGAAUCACAACGGGUUCAUCGAUGAUGCCGAGAUCGAUAACCUUGUGGCGUUUGCACAGAAGAACUUGGGCAUGAAGAUCGUCCCCUAUUAGCUCUGGGACUGGAUUUGUAGUUUGAAUAUUGCUUUAUAAACUAGUAUGGUUUUAUCUGCAAAUUGGAUAAUAUAUAUUACCUGCUUACUAGUUUGGUGAUUAUAACUUUUCCACUCCAA